UCAUCUUAACACCACAGUGACUGAUGUAGAUUCUCUCAACUGAAGAUAUCUCUCUCUCUCUCUCACUCUGUUGUUUUGAUUUUACAUUUUAGUCAUUUAGCAGAUGCUCUUAUCCUGAGCGACUUACAGGAGUAAUUAGGGCUAAGUCCCUUGUUCAAGGGCAGAUUUGGGAUUUGAACCUACGCUCUUAACAGCUAGGCUACCAGCUGCACCAAAUCCAGUGUGCUGAUGUAUUCAGAAUUGGGUUAACUAUUGUGGAAAAGGGAGUGGGAGGUUUUUGACUUAAAGUAUGCCGUUCUGACUUGGACAAGGCUACUUAUAUGUCUCAAUACUCUCUAAAAGGCAUUAAUAAUGGAUAAAACUCACUUUUUAAAAAUUGUAUCUCUCAAUGGAAUGAUAAGCAGUGCAACCAAACCAAUUACUUUCUGUGUGCCUUCAAACCUGACAAAAGAGAGGAAAUGAAUGAAGGAGGAGAAGAAGAGGGGGGGGUGGAAAAGGGGAGUGAGAGGUUUAUCAUUUAGAGUAGAUGACCGAUGAGCAGUCAAGUGAGCCCAAAGAAAGAUUUAAGGAAGCAACUGAUAGUGUUAGAAACGUCUAGACACAUUGCAUUUGAGAAUCCUAUCUAGACCUAUUGUCAGAAAACAGUGUGACCUAAUGUAUUUUCAGGAGGAAUGGUGUCGAUAAAAAAUGCUGCUUCACGUGUUUGUACUAUGAAACGUUAUGCAUUUUUUUUGAUUAGCAAAUCAAAAAAGGAAUACAAAAAAUAUCUUCAUAAAUCAAUAAUCAUUGCAUCACUUUAUUUUGUUGACCUGUCCUUAUUUAGCUAUAUUUAGAAAGUCGAUGGGGGUCAAGAAAUAACAAUUCAAAUACAGCCUCUUCUUAUUUAUAGAUGGACAACCCACUGGGUUGACUUUACAGAUUUAGAAUUUAACCUAAUUACCUUUCCAUUCGGUGCCCUGUUUGGGUAGUGUGCCCGAAACAGAGAUCGUGCGUGAUAUUUACUUUGCAUGCGUUUUUACGCAUGCCAUUGAUCAGAGAGAGAGAGAGAGAGAGAGAGAUUAAUCGCCCUCUGCACAACUGUUGCUCUAAUCCUCUUUGAGAGGAUAGGCUUAGUAAAACUACAGGUUGGAGACGCUGCUGCAGCCAUAUUGAACAGACAUUUUGUAAAAAAAAAAGAUCUUUUUUAAUUUGAUGACCAUAUUCUAAUGAGCAUUUACCCUACUAAAUAUUUUUACAAUUAACUUUGAAACUUAUUUUCGGGCAGGUCACUGGAUGAAUCAGUAGGCUAAUAAAUUGUAAUUUUCUAAUUUGGUAACCUUUUAAUUAGCGGUUGUAGAUUAGAAUAACGCUUUUUGAUAGUUUAGAGAUUGUGACAGUGACAACACAGUUUUGAAGAUGAAAGACCGAUUGGAACAGUUGAAGGCGAAAAGUGAUGUGGCUGGGGAUGAUGUGGAGAUUCCAGUGGAGAACCAAGCCUUUAUGGAUGACUUCUUCGCCCAGGUAUUUCUGACCAUACUCCUGUUUGUGUGCGCGUGUGUGUGUUCACCAGUGUGUCAUCAUUGCCUGUCUCGGUCUCAGAUUGAGGAGAUUCGCAGCAGCAUCGACAAGAUAGAUGAGAGUGUGGCGCAAGCAAAGAAGCUGUACUCGACCAUCCUCUCCGCCCCUACGCCAGAGCAGAAGACGCAGGAUGAUUUGGAGGCAGUCACCAACGACAUCAAGAAAGCAGCCGGCACCGCUCGCAACAAACUAAAGAGUAUCGAGAAGCAACUUGAGACAAACACAGAGGAACGGUCGUCAGCAGACACGAGGAUCCGGAAGUCCCAGCAUGCCAUCCUGGCCAAGAAGUUUGUGGAGGUGAUGACCAAGUACAACGAGGCUCAGACAGAUUUUAGAGACAAGAGCAAAGGCCGCAUUGCCCGGCAGCUGGAGAUCACGGGAAAAACAACGACCGACGAGGAGCUGGAGGAGAUGUUGGAAGGAGGGAACGCAGCCGUCUUCACCGCAGGGAUCAUGGAGUCGGGUAUAUCGAAGCAGGCGUUGAAUGAGAUCGAGGCGCGGCAUAAAGAUAUUGUGAGGCUGGAGAGCAGCAUCAAAGAGCUUCAUGACAUGUUCGUGGACAUUGCUAUGCUGGUGGAGAACCAGGGCGGUAUGAUUGACAAGAUUGAGAGCAACAUGGACCAAUCGGUGGGCUUCGUAGAGCGGGCUGUUGCCGACACCAAGAAAGCAGCCAAAUUUCAGCAGGAGGCCCGUAGGAAGCAGAUGAUGAUCACGUGCUGCUGUGUCAUUCUCUGUGUCAUCGGAGGGUCCUUCCUCUACAGCUUUAUCAAAUAGGAAAUACCGUCUGGGGGAAAACUUGUUGUGAAACUGAGAGGUGUUCAAAACUCCAAACUUCAACUUUUAAAUCAUGUAUUGAUCCAGAAGGAUGUUACCCUGGUCACAGAUCUCUUUGUACUCUUGCAAAUGCCAUUCCUGUCCCUGUCAAGUUUGAUCAGGGCCUGGAUUUAUAAAGCCUUUCAGAGUAUGAGUACAGAUCUGGGAUCAGUUGAACCUUUUAGAUCACAAUGAAUAAGAUUACAUGGACAGGCGGGGCAGGAUCCUAGAUGAGCACUCCUACUCUGAGAUGCUUUAUGAAUACGGAACCAGAUUAGAUCACGUUAGAUCCAGGUUAUUCUUAUGUGUGUCCCACAUGGCACCCUAUUCCCCUUGUAGUAUAUAGGAAAUAGGGUGCCAUUUGGGAUGUAGACUUAGGCUGUAUUAUUGGCCUCUUAACGUGAUAAUCACUUAUGACUCUGGCCUCAGGGGAAGUUGAAGAGGAGUGUCCCAGAUUACCCCCAGUUUAACCUGGGUGGAUGGAUCAACAGUGGUCACUCUGUCUGUCAAGAGAUGCAUACAGCGCUACUCAGAGGGGAGACACUUCAGUCUUGCUUAAGGCCUUCCACCCUUUCGUCUUCUCUCUCCCUCUUUCCUUUCGUCUCUUUCUGUCUUUCUCUCUCUCUCUCUCUCUCACACACACACUCUCUCUCCCUCUUUUCCCCUCUCUCUCUCGUUCCUCUUUUCAGGCAUGCUUCUACCCACAGCUCCUUUUCCCACUUCAAGGAUUUGUCAAUUAGCUUUGGUAGUGUGGCUCCUUAAUAAUCUAAGCCAAGACAGGUCAACGAUAACACUGUGUAAUCAUGUCAAGUAACCUAAAGAUAUUGGUAAACAAAUCAAUAUGAUAAAACGAUGAUUCACUGCCCUAUUGUCAGCUAGUAAUCAAAAUGACCCCAAAAUGGCACGUUUUUAUGUUAUUAUUGUGUGUUGAAGUUACUGCUUAAUAUUGCACUCGUGUCAUUUUUAUCCUACAUGUGUGUCAAUGCAUGUACCACCAGGGAUCAUGCCUGUGUCAUAAAACUGUCACCUGCACUCUCUCUACAAAUGAUGUGUAAAAACCCUGUAUUGAAGCCAACGUGCAGCCAUCUUGGUAAUCCUCCUCAAUGGUUAAAAGAUUUUGGAAGCUAUAGAAAUGCAUUUGUUAAUGUCUACAUUCGUUUUGACACGUUUAUUCUAUUAAGACGCUUUAAUGCAUACUUUUAAAUUCUAUUAUGUGGCCUAAACAUUUUUUUUUUAAAUGGGGAGAGUACUAAUGUUACUGUCCCCACUACAAAAAAAAAAACUUAAAUAUAUGUAAUUUUGUCUUUGAAAUACUAUGGAGGACUACUCCUUCUAGGGAGUGCCAAUAUGGCCAACCGGUGGCCAAUACAUAGCAUCAGCAGUCCAGGGUUUAUUUAUAUAAGUCAUUGCUCUCUACCCCCUCUAAUAAUAGAUAGGAUAGUAUUUUUGUUGUGAUGCAAGCAAGCAGUAUCAAGUGAAUAGCCAAUAUGUCUGUGUCUGUUUGUGUCUUCAGUCACAUACAUUUGUAGUGAUUUUGUAGGCGUUUAUAUGGAAAAUGUUAUCUGAACAAAAUGUAAGGUCAGGUUUCAGUUUUUUGUAGCUUUUCCCGUCUGUUGACAAAUAAUACAAAUUUAAAAAAUC